CAAUCUUAUUGCCGAAAAGAGAAUAGAUAUUAAAAUUCAACGGCAAAGAUUGUUAUUACGAAAAGGUAACCGUUAAUUUAUUAUUAGCGUCUGAAAACAAUAAAUAUUUCUGCCGAAAUGAAACUUUUCCGUAAACAAUAGAGAAUAACGCAGUUCUUACGGAAAGAGGAAAUUGCAAAUUAUUCGGUCGACGGAAUUUUAGCCAACAGAAAGGUGGCAACACUUAGCGGAAAGUAAUAUGGAAGUCGAUGAGAGUGGAAGGUGCGAUUAAUCAUCGUAUUUUUCGAUAAAGAAACGAGAAUGCUGGGUUUGGGCAGGUUGUUGGAUGCCUCUUCCAGAGGUAUUUUCCGGAGGAACUUACUUUACCGUUUCGCCACGAUUUCUACUGAGGUGGAGGCGGACAUUCGGGCCAAGAUCGGCGGAUCCAAGGUGGUGGUCUUUAUGAAGGGAUGCCCCGAUAAGCCCAUGUGCGGAUUCAGCAACGCCGUCGUCCAGAUUUUAAGGAUGCACAACGUGCGGUACGACAGCUACGACGUGCUGCGGGACGAAACUCUCAGGCAAGGCAUCAAGGAUUUCAGCAACUGGCCGACGAUACCGCAAGUGUAUAUCAAUGGAGAGUUUGUGGGAGGGUGUGACAUUCUUCUGCAGAUGCACCAGAAUGGAGAACUCAUCGAUGAGCUUCAGAAGGCAGGAAUCACCUCUGCCAUUCUAUCGCGGGAGGCAGAACAGACGGACGAUUCCAAUGGAGACAAGGGACAACUGUUCCCGAUAAGGCGGCGUUCCAAUCGUCCAGUAAGCAAAAUUGGCGAGUCCGUUAGCACGUGUUUGUUUUUAAGUGUUUUUAUAUCAUCUUUAGUUAUUUAGGUUUUCUUUUUUUGAGUUUUUUGCAACACGAUUGUCGAUUCGGCUUCAGAUUGUCGGUUUUAGAAUUUAGAAUUGGAUUUCUAGCAAGUGGGAUGUGAAAAUGUCAGGGCACAAAAUUGCUAUAACAAGAAUUAUAUAUUUUUACAUCACUCGCAGACCACUUUUUUGCAAGGUGGAUAAACAUGAUAUGUGCUUCAAAACGUAACACUAAAACUAACUUUAUAGUAUUUUCGUGUUAGAGUACGUCGGACUUAAGUCAUAUUGAAUAUUAAAAUGUCUAAAAUAAACCUGAAAUCAAAAAAGACGGAAAUUUUUUAAAAUACAGUC